AUGAAAUACUCAGUCGGCAUUUUGGAACCCGGGACACCUCCCCGCUCUCCGCCGCAGCCACACCGAAGGGCCCGGGACAGGCCGGGGCCGCCAUUCCCCACCGGCCACAGCCCUCACCCGGCCCGUGGUGGACACGGCUCCAGCCCCGCUCUCACCUGCCGGCUCCCACCGCUCCCGCGGCUCCCGGUUCCCGGCACUCCCGGCUCCCCGCGCAGCCCUGGGCCCCGUCGCGCGUGGCCGGCUCAGCCCGCCCGGCCGCCGCUGCUGCUGCUGCGCAGCUUCCGGCGCGCUCCCGCCGCCAUGCGGGCCCGCCCGCCCCGCUCCCGGCAGGCAGCGGGGGCGGAGCCGCUAGCGGGCGGGGUCGGGGCUGCGCCGCAGCCCUGCGAGCGGCCCCGGGGUAUUUUCCGCUCCUUCCCGCCGCGCUCCAUCGCUCAGGCGGGGCGGUGGGAGGGACGGCCUGAGGGGCCGGUCUUCCGCCGCCUCCCUGGGCGCCUGAGUGGGCAGGGCCCGGCACCUGCUUCCCCCGCCCGCCCCUCGGUCCGGGGGGUGACGCGGGGCAGCCGCAGCUCCCGGGCGGGAGGGGCGGCCCCGGUAAAGGGAGAGACGGCGCUGCCGCCGCUCCGCGCCUUGCUCGGGGCACGGAGUUGAUGAUUAACCUGCCGUUCAUUGAAUACCUACCUGGCUCAAGUCGCGCCCAGGAUGUGGUUUAACCUUGUCCGAGGUUUCGGUACCUCGGGUUUUGCCUUUCUGCCCGAAACCCUGGUGCUGCCAGUUUUGCUGCUACCGAAGCGCUGCGGGGAUGUGCAGCUCCCCGUUGAAAAUCUCUGCUGUUAAUAUCAGCCUAGACUUCGCUUUACAGUCGUUUUUAGAGGUUUGAGACUCCAGAGGUCGAGGUGAUGUGGGACUCUCGGUCUCGGCGAGCAUUUUUGCAGCAGCAGCAGCAGCAGCAGCAGCCUCGGGCUGCAGUAGCUGGCACUUGAAUCCAUGUUGGCUCCUUUUCCUCGGGCGUGAGCUGCAAGGAGCUCAGCAGCUUCGGCAUUUAGUCCCAUUUGGGGAAACGUCUGUCCUUUGUGAGGAUGCCAGUACAGUUAUAGCCACUGACACUAUACAUGACCAGAGGCUCCAGUUUCUGGCAUCUCUUUCUAUCGUCAGGAAAGUAGUUUCACACCUCGGCCAAAACUCAAACCCAGUCAUCUGCUUUUUAUAUGGCAGCAGCGCCUAGCAAGGUGUGGACACAUCUGUCUUGAUAGGAUGUCAUGAGAGCAUCUCCUUGCAAUUUGUUUCUCUUCCCUCAGACAAGGUGCCAGCACAAUGACUUGUUUCUUGGUAGUCAGUGAGAAAUUGGUGAUAAGAGAGGAAAUCUCAAAAUUACUGCUUGGAUAUAGUUCAAUUUCUUCAGAUUAUCUGUAAAUUUUCAAUAAUGGCAAUACAUUCAUUCUGCCAUUUGGAGGAGCCUGUGCCACAGAAUAAUGAUCUGAAGAAAGCUCACUUAUUUGCAAGGAAGAGUCUUCAUUUGGGAAUUAGCACCGAUGCAGCUAAGAGGUGCUUCCUCAAGUUCGGCAGAACUGUUAUUGUUUCACCUCUGGUACAUGGACAAAACUGGGUUUUCUUCACAGAUCAGGAUUCCUGUACCUGAAGAGUGAGAAGAAACCAUUUUGGUAGGUGUGGGUUGCUUGUCAGAAAUCCGUUCCAAAGCUAGAGUGCGAAGCAAGAAGGGUGCUAAUGAUGAAUAUUAAUGGAUAUCUUAAGGAUAACAAUGGACACAGCAUCUUCAAAAGCAGUGGCAUUCUGGAAUUUUCCAUGUUUAUUAUUGUCCACAUUUGAACCCUAUCCAGUUUUUUAGUACCCUUUUGGAGAAGGGGUGACCUGUACCUCAUGUGGGAUUUUCUUUUUCUGCAAUAAGCAUGUUUUUGGAGACCCUGAGAAUUUCUUAGCAUGUAAGAGGUUGUACCAGUGAAGGUACAAGGUGCAGCAACAUUUACAGGCAUGGUGAAUUGGCUGUUACACCCUCCUGAGCUGACAGAUACCCACGGGAAGGUCAUAGCUAGAGAGAAAGCAUAGACCCUUUCCUGAGGUGGAUGAAAAGAGCUGGUGUUGAAGUUUGGAUGACACGAUGCUCCGCAGUGCAGCCUAUAUUUAGACCCUAAUCCUGCCACUGGAUUUGUUCAAAUGGACCUUGAUAGCUGUGGGGCCUGACUGAGUUGAUGAGACUCCUGGAUGACUGCAAGCUCCUGCUCUGAAGAUUUGAUUGUAGGCCUGAACCUAAAUUUCUAUUUUCUUCCCCUGUCUACCUGCUUCUGAUUGAUGAAAAUUAUCCAAAAAACUGUAUUGUCUUUGAGUCUUAUGCACAUCACUUUAGUAGCAUUCAGAAGCUGUGUGCUUGGGAUGUUGUCAGACAUUGUUAAAAUAUUUCUGUUCCGUCAUGUGCAAAUAUCUCAUGAUUGUUCUGAUUGUUGUGUUAUAUUUUUACAUUUACCGUCUUCCUACCUAAAAUGGAGAUCAUCACCUGUGUUUUUGGUCAUUGUGGUAUUUCUCUUAACUCAGAUUUUUAAGUCAGAGUAACUGUUGAAACUAUUCAGAACUUUUUUCAAGAUGUGGGUAGAUCUGUUUUUUCCUUGGCGGACACAGAGUAUAUCUAUUUUAUUUUGCAAACUUAGUAGCCUCCUAGUACUGAAAGCUUUCAAUAUGAUGAUACUCUAAUGCAGAUCAAUAAAAUAAGUAGGAAAAGGCAGUAACUUUUA